GGGCAAACUCAAAAAAUGAAUCUUUUUCAGUCAAUAACAAGCGCCUUGGAUAACUCACUGGCUAAAGAUCCUACUGCAGUAAUAUUUGGCGAAGACGUUGCUUUUGGUGGAGUCUUCAGAUGCACUGUUGGCUUGCGAGACAAGUAUGGAAAAGACAGAGUUUUUAAUACUCCAUUGUGUGAACAAGGAAUUGUUGGUUUUGGGAUUGGACUUGCAGUCACUGGUGCUACUGCUAUUGCUGAAAUUCAGUUUGCAGAUUACAUUUUCCCUGCUUUUGAUCAGAUUGUUAAUGAAGCUGCCAAGUACCGCUAUCGCUCUGGGGAUCUUUUCAACUGUGGAAGCCUCACCAUCCGGGCCCCUUGGGGCUGUGUUGGCCAUGGGGCUCUAUAUCAUUCUCAGAGUCCUGAAGCUUUUUUUGCCCAUUGCCCAGGAAUCAAGGUGGUCAUACCCAGAAGCCCUUUCCAGGCCAAGGGACUUCUUUUGUCAUGCAUAGAGGACAAAAAUCCUUGUAUAUUUUUUGAACCUAAAAUACUUUACAGAGCAGCAGUGGAGCAGGUUCCUGUAGAACCAUACAACAUCCCACUGUCGCAGGCUGAAGUCAUACAGGAGGGGAGUGAUGUUACUCUUGUUGCCUGGGGCACUCAGGUUCAUGUGAUCCGGGAGGUGGCUUCCAUGGCACAAGAAAAACUUGGGGUGUCAUGUGAGGUCAUUGACCUGAAGACUAUAAUACCUUGGGAUGUGGAUACAGUUUGCAAGUCUGUGAUCAAAACAGGGCGGCUGCUAAUCAGUCAUGAGGCUCCCUUGACAGGCGGCUUUGCGUCAGAGAUCAGCUCUACAGUUCAGGAAGAAUGUUUCUUGAACCUCGAGGCUCCUAUAUCCAGAGUGUGUGGGUAUGACACACCGUUUCCUCACAUUUUUGAGCCAUUUUACAUCCCAGAUAAAUGGAAGUGCUAUGAUGCCCUUCGGAAAAUGAUCAACUAUUGACCACAUAGAAAAAGGGGAAGAUUAUGACUACACACAGAAAUAUUUUUUUGAAUUUUUAUAUUUUCUCAGACCUAUAUCUUCUUGAAUAUAGUUUUUAUGAAAUGAACAAUCAUGGAUAUUGACUAAAGAGUUAUAAAUUAAUUAUUAUAUUAACAGAAAUGAAUUGAUGAUUUCUAUUUAGAGCAUUUCUGAUUAACAUCUUAAAAUGUUCCACAUGGUAAUAAUAAUAAAUUCAGCUUAAUUCCAUCUGUAAGUAUCAGGUGUGACACAGUAUUCAAUAAAGAAAAGUCAAAUCGUC